AUGGCUUACCCUUGGCCGCAAAAGCCAUUGGAAGCUUGCUACGCACAGUUAAGUAUCAUCAAGAAUGGGAAAGAGUAUAUGAGAGUGAGAUAUGGAACUUACCAGAAGAAUUAUGAAUUUGAGGAAGAAGAAAUUAUCUUGUUAUGGAGAGCAGAAGGUCUCCUGCAACAAAAAGCUAUACCUCAAAUUAAAGAUCUUGGACAUCAAUAUUUCCAAGAUUUAGUGUCGUGGUCAUUUUUUCAGAUAUCCAGUAAAGAUGAGUUCAGAUUCGUAAUGCAUGACCUUAUCAAUGAUUUAGCUCAAGUAGUUGCAGGAGAAAUAUUCUCAAAAUUGGAGAAUGAUAAGCAACAGAAGUUCUCAAAUCGCACUCGACAUUCUUCUUAUAUUGUCAGCAAAUAUGACAGAAUGAAGAAGUUUGAAGCAUUUAAUCAAGUGAAAUCAUUACGUACUUUUCUACCUUUACGGUUGUCGCGUUAUCAGAGGGCUUUUUUAACUAAUGUUGUUUUGGUUGAUUUGUUGCCUAGACUUGGCUACUUAAGGGUGCUUUCUUUGUGUGGGUAUGAGAUCUUUGAGCUGCCUGAUGUUUUUGAAAAUUUAAGACAUGUUCGCUAUUUAAAUUUUUCUGACACCAAUAUCAAAUGCCUGCCUGAUUCUUUGUGCACUCUUUACCAUUUGGAAACUUUGUUAUUAAAAGGGUGUUUCAAACUUCAAAAGUUACCUUCAAAGAUGGGAAAUCUUGUCAACUUGCAUUAUCUUGAUAUCAGAGGUGUGAAGUCAAUAGAAAGGAUGCCUUUUGGAAUUGAUAAACUAACCAAUCUUCAAAGGUUAUCUGAUUUUAUCAUAGGGGAAGGUGAUGGACAUCGUAUGAGAGAAUUGAAAUUUUUAUCAAACCUCAAAGGUGAUAUUUGUCUCUCUGGGUUGGAGAAUAUUAACGGUCAAGAUGCAAGGGAAGCCAGGUUAGAUGAGAAGGAGAUGAUUGAUCGAUUGGUAUUGCAUUGGAGUAAAAAGUUUGAGAAGGAUUCAGGGAAUAAAGAAGAUGAAGAAUGGGUGUUGGACUCUCUUUGUCCUCCAAAAAAGCUUGAGCAACUCGUCAUUGAGAAUUAUGGUGGUGCAAAAUUCUCUACUUGGAUGGCAGAUUCUUCCCUCAAGAAUAUGUUGUCAUUGGAACUUCGCAACUGUAAAAAUUGCAAAUCUCUACCAUCAAUUGCAAGGUUACCAUUGUUAAAAGACCUUUCAAUUGGUGGUUUGGAUGAGGUACAUAAGAUUGGUGUUGAGUUGUUCGGAGCAAAUCAAUCGAAUGCAUUUGCAUCAUUAGAGACUCUACAUUUUGAGAGUAUGCCAAACUGGGAGGAAUGGGACUCAUGUGAAGGUGAUGAACAAGCUUCGAAAUUCCCCAGCCUUCUUGAGCUUUCAAUCAGAGAAUGUCCUCAAUUGUUGGGAAGGUUGCCAACCUUUCUUCAAUCAUUGCAGAAACUUGAAAUCUACGAGUGCAGGAGGCUAGUAGUUUCAAUUUCCAGUUUUUUGUCUCUAUGUGAAUUAAGCAUUGAAGGGUGUGAACAAUUGGUGUAUGAAGGCUCUUCUUCUACAGAGGAGGUUACCUCUCUGAAAAAUGCGUCUCUUAAAAAUAUUUCAAAGUUUGAUAUUUCAGCAGAGAAGGCAAUGUUGAGAUUUGCAAACUCGGAAGUUUUUGACAUCUGUGGUUGGAAAGAGUUGGAGUCUUUAUCUCAAAAUGGGUUAAGCUUAGUUGGGCAUCGUUUUAUUACGAUUGAGGAUUGUCCACAAUUGGUCUUCUUGGAAACAGAGGAGUAG